UAAAAAGAAAGCAAGGCAGCUGCUGAAGGCUACUGUUUCAGAGAGAGCACAGGAAGGUUUCAGAGUCAUGAAUAGUCAUGAUGCUCAACACUCGAAGAGAGACAAAAACGUACAAGGAGAGGCUGAGAAUACGUCCUCAUCAACAGGAAGCAAUGCAGUGACUCCUGAACUCACUCUUGUGUUAAUUGGAAACAAAGAUUCCAUUGAGAUUGGAUCAAAAAACAUCUUACUUGACCAUGACAAGGAGAUACAUGUGAAAGAGUUUUCAUCCAGACUAUAUGACCUCUUUGCUCGUCAGAUCUCAUUAAUUAACAUGCUCGGGUUUCCAAAUAUUGAAAAAGUUCCAGUAAUUAAAGACGAUCAUGCCUUUAUCUUACUGAUAUCAAAUGGACUGCAUGACAGCCAAUACACUUCUGGAAUGCAGUGGUUAGAAAGGAAAAUUGGGAAGGAGCACAGUUCUUAUGUAAUGACAGUUAUGACUCAUGACUCAGAUGACAUUUGUGAAAGUGCACUUCAGGACCUGAAAGCAAAGAGCAGUUUUUCUGAAAAAAGAUACCAUACAUGUACAAGAAGUAUGAUGGAUGAAAAUGAGAUAAUAGCUCUUUUGGAAAAGAUAGAUGACAUGGUCUCUGAAAAUAGACAGAUGACUGAAGGACAAGAAGCCCAUCAUGAAGCAUUAAGGACAGUUAAAGAGACAGAGACUGAUAAUACAUUUGAGGAUGCUGUUGAAGACUUCAAGAAGGAUGACAACUGCAAAGCCAGACAGGCAGAAGUCAGUCCUGGACAAUAUCAACCAACAGACAAAGAUUUCACAGGACAAAGGAAGAAGGGUGAAACUAAAUUAAAGACAACUCUUGGUGAAGACUCAGAGAUGAAUGAUGACAGCCGAGAACUGCACAAGGAAGGACAAAAGAAGGAAGGCGGAAUGGAUAUUAGCAAGGAAAAUGUUGGUGGUAAAGGCUCAGAAAUUAAUAAUAAACACACAGGAGAAAAGUCUGAAAUCAACACUGCUUCAUGUGAACUAAGCCAGGAAAGUAACAUUUUACAACAUCCAUCCACACCACCACCCACCCACUCCGGUGACAAUGUGGAUGAGAACAAAGAAAAGCCAUUAUGCAACUCUUCUGAGGAAAAAAGAAAAAUAUCACCACAAGAGCCCGAAAUGCUGUUUAAAAGACUUAAACUUCAGGACAAAUGUCAGACAAAGUGGUCACCAAAAGAAUUUAUCCAAAUAGGUCGACCUGUAAAACAGACUAAUGAAAUAUCUGAGAAAGAUCUAGCUUAUGCUUUUCUUCAGAGGUUAAUGAUGUUAGAUCAUAGAGCCAGAUACAUCCCUGUGAAGCAAAAAAAGUUGGAUGCAAGCAAUUCACAGGCUGUUCAUAUGUCCAAAAGUGAGGAUACAGAUGAUGAUGAUUUAGACGCUCUUUACAGCACCAACACUGAGUCAGGUCAGUCACAAGAGAACCAAGUGCACCCAAUGGAUGUUCAAAUGGCUGUGUUUCACUGCUCUGACAGCUUCCUUAAACAGAAAAUGAUCACAAAGCUGUCACAGUGUCAGUAUGCCUUACCACUGCUGGUUCCUGAUCUUGUCACAACAAAUAUUGUAUGUCCUCUGUGGACGUUCAGACAGAUAACAAAAACAUGGAAAACAAGCACAACAAAAGAUAAUUCAACCACUGUCACCAUGAAGAGCAUGCCAGUCUACAACGCUGAGACUCCCAUGGUUUCAUUUUUCCGACUAGGCUCCAUGUCUUUGUCCAAAUCUCAGCUGAUGAACGCCUUGAUCAAUGACCGCCACAACACGUUCUUCCACAGAAACUGCCCAGGAAGCACCAAAUCUCGUCAUUUAAUGGAUGGUGUGGCAGAGAUUGCCUGGUACUGCCCUGCAGGAAAACCCAAUGAUUUCUUUUUGGACUGCAUUGCCUUCUGCAAUCUUCAUGGGGAUUCUCUAGCAAUUGUAAAGCAGCGUGAAAUACUCACUGAAAUGUCUUCUGUCAUUGUUGUUCUUGUACCAACUUUGGAAAAAAACCAUGAAAGUAGUGCAGUCAUUUCAAUGCUUUAUAAGUCUUCGAAGCCUCUGAUUAUUCUCAGUGCUGACAACGAGUGUAGUGCAGUAGAGAUGAAACCACAAAAAUACAAACUGGGUCUGAAAGAAAGAAGCCAGUCUGAUGUUCCUGAAGAACUAAAAAAGAUUAUAAGAAGCAUAUUGUCUAGACCCCAGACAUCCUUCCAGCUUAAAACUAUGGCUAAGGUCUCUGGAGUCAGAGUGGAUGAAGAUAUGGAGGUCUGCCAGAACGGGAAAUCUGCUGCCAUGGAACUAGUUAAAUUGAUUGAAAGGAUGGAUGUUUCUGAAAUAAAAGAGAAAUUUCUUCCCUGCCAAGGCCAACUUUGGUACGAGUGGUGCAAAAUCAAUAAAGAAUUAUAUCAUCUAAAGGGACACAUUGAGAAAGAAAUGGUCCAGAAGAGGCAACAGCUGAAAGAAAUACGACAGAAACAGUGCAACAUGUCCAAUAAUGAAAUGAUGAGAUUGUUCACUGAGAGCCUUGAGCGUUUGCCACCAAACGACAGAGAAUACUUCCUAAAAUGGACUCAGAUCCUGAUAGAUGCCCUCUCCAAAGAUGAUCUUUCUUCAAUUCUGCAAAGCUAUGAUGAAACAUGGUCAGAGGUCUUGGUUCUAAAGAACAAACAUGAAAAAUCUGCUCAAUUAAAUGAAAAACAAGCUGAGCUAGAACAUUUAUCAAAAAAGCUUCAAUCAGCAACAUUUGGUCUGGAACACCUUUUCAGAGAAAUGGGACAAAUCUAUGAAGCCCAUAAAUUUCUGGAGAGACCAUCACUGGGUCGACAGACUGAAUGGACUAAAUACCCUGAGCUGGCUGCAGAUCUGAUGAUAAAAGGACACCCAAUGGAGCUGAUGGAUGGUGAUGCAGGUCAUGUGCCUUUAUUAUGGAUCUCUAGUCUUUUAAAGGAAGUCAUCAAGAAAUUGGGUGACCAGAAAGUCUUUGUGUUGUCAGUUUUGGGUGUACAAAGCAGCGGAAAGUCAACGAUGUUGAACGCCAUGUUUGGAUUGCAGUUUGCAGUGAGUGCUGGGAGGUGCACCAAGGGUGCCUACAUGCAGCUGGUUAAGCUGUCAGAGGAAAUCAAGAAAGACUACAAGUUUGAGUAUGUUCUAGUUGUAGACACUGAAGGACUGCGUGCUCUUGAGUUAGCAGGUAAUGCUACCCUUCAUCAUGACAAUGAACUUGCAACAUUUGUUGUUGGUUUGGGAAACAUGACAUUGAUCAACAUCUUUGGUGAGAAUCCAGCUGACAUGCAAGAUGUCCUGCAGAUUGUUGUGCAGGCUUUCAUGAGGAUGAAGAAGGUAAAGCUUUCUCCAAGUUGUGUGUUUGUUCAUCAGAAUGUCACAGAUAUUUCAGCAGUAGAGAAAAACAUGGACGGAAAAAGACGCCUGCAGGAAAAACUGGACAAGAUGGCUCAACUGGCUGCCAAAGAGGAAGUGUGUGAUGUUGAGUGCUUCAGUGAUGUCAUUGCAUUUGAUGUGCAAAAAGACGUGAAAUACUUUGCUCAACUAUGGGAGGGAAGUCCACCAAUGGCUCCUCCAAAUCCAGGGUAUAGUGAGAGUGUCCAAGAACUGAAGGCAGUCAUCCUGUCUAAGGCCUCACACUCUACCGGGAUCCUUCUGUCACAUUUCAAUGCCAAAAUUCAGGACCUGUGGAACGCCUUGAUGAAUGAACACUUUGUUUUUAGCUUCAAAAACACCCUAGAAAUUGCAGUUUACAGAAAACUUGAAGCUCAGUAUGGGAACUGGACUUGGGCCCUGAGGAGUGAGAUGCUUAACAUUGAAAAUCAACUUUAUCCCAGAAUUGAAAAAGGUCAACUGGACAAAGUUGACAAAGUUUACCUUGAAAAACAAAUGAGCAAAAAAUAUACUGAAAUAACAAAAGCUAUUGUGGCUUAUUUCGAAGAUGACAAAGACAAAGAAAUGUUGGUUCAGUGGCGAAGUCGAUUUGAGAUCAAAAUCGACGAGUUUCAUGAGGAACUCGUUAGAGAUGUGAAAAGAAAACUGGAUGAACUUAUCCAGCAGAAUAAUGCUCGAAAAAAGUUUGACAACAAGAUGACAGAGUUUGAAAACAACCUGCUCCAGAAGAGCAAAGAGCUCGCUCACCUGUUAAAAUGCACUGAUGCAGAUGUAGAGGAACUAAAAGGACAGUUCAACACUGUUUGGAGUCUCUGGGUUAAGGAAUUAACGUCAGAUACAAAGCCCAUUGAGAACAUAAGCUUGGAUGAAGAUCAGUGUAAUGUCCUUGGAGGUCUUGGUGUUGAAUCUUCCUUCAUUAUUGAGUCAAAACAGUCCAAGAAAUACAAAAAUCUGUCAGAAACUGGAAACUACUGUUGUUAUAGAACCCCUAAGAAGUCUGAAAAACUCUACGAAGAGAGCCAACAAUCUCAGAAAAACAAGAAUAAAGCAGACAGAGACACAGGCAAACAAAGCAAAAUUUUUGACAUUGCCCGAAAAUUUAUGGGAAUGGCAUCAACAACACAACAAGAGCAACAACACAAAUCAAAGAAUUCAUUUCAGCACGAAGAACAGGAAAUGAUUAGAUUGUUCAUUAAUCAAGUUGAACAAGAAUGUCUGAAAGUUAUGAAGGACAAACCUGUUGCAACAAGAGGUUACUCAUCAACCUACUUGGAGGAACUUGCCAAACAUGUUAAACAGAGAGUCACAGAGUUUGAAUCAGGGAGGAAAUAUACCUUCAAGAAGGAGUUUACUGUUGAUCUUUUACUGUACGUGUUUGACAGAGCAGAAAGUUGGCUCUUACAGUCCCACAAGACAUACAAAGAUAACAAUGAUGUGUUCACUUAUUUGGACAGUAAGGAAAAGGAAUAUUACAACAUUUUCAGAAGCUUCUGCAAAGGAAGCUCAUCUGUUGUUGUGUUUGGAGAAAUUAUGUGUGAAAAUCUCAAAGUCUCUGCUGUUGAAGCUGUCUAUAACAAGACUGGGGUUGGUAUUGCUGGAGAGAUGGUGUGCAAUUUCUCAGCAUUCAGUGGGAACAGACUGAACUUAGAGAAACAUGUGUUGGCAUCUCUGGCAGAGAAAGAAGACUUCAACAGUUUCAUCACCUACAUCCGAAAUCCAAGGAAGCAAGUAGAGGCUUUUAUUAAAGAAGAAGUGGAGAAAUACAUGUUUGCUACACAGAAAGGUAAAGCCCAGACUAUUCUCAACAAAAAUGUAGAAGACAUCACCAGGCUUGUCAGUCAGGCUCUGUUUGGGGCAACAGAUGAAGUCAAAAAGAAGAAAGGAGACAUAGAAAUGUGGGUAGAGAAAUUUUCCAGUAAAUUAGAACCAAACUUGACACUUGAUACCAUUAGUUGUCAGAACUUCAGUGACAUAAACAAUUUUGACUUUCUUAAAGAAGAGAUAGAAAAAGGCCUCAAAAACAUCAGAAGCGAGAUGAACAGUCUCUCCCUGAAUAAGGUGAAUGAAUGCAGGCAGAAGCCUGAACAAAUCCUCAUUGAUCAGCUGUGUAACUGCUGCUGGGAACGGUGUCCAUUCUGUGCUUCUGUUUGCACCAACACUCUGAAGGACCACAGUCCUGACAAGCACAGUGUUCCUUUUCAUCGACCCUCUGGAAUUAAAGGUUGGCAUGGAAGAGGAACAGUUGAUCUGGUCAUUGAUUUCUGCACCACAUUAGUUGCAAGUGACAGAAGAUUUUACCCAGAACAUGACUCAGAGAAGACCGUUCCUUAUAAACAGUAUCAAACUGCUGGAGAAAAAUAUGCUUCAUGGAGCCUUACAGCUGAUGCCUCUAUGCUGGCCUACUGGAAAUGGUUUAUCUGCCACUUUCAAGAGGAACUGGAAGACUAUUAUAACUUGAAAUUUCAGGGUUGGGGAGAAAUUCCUCAGCAAUGGAAACACCUCAGUAAGAAAGAUGCCAUUGAAAGCCUAAAUGAAAUGUGUAGUCCGAGAUAAAAGUGCAACUGUUCACAAAAUCUAAUCUCAUUCCUAAAGUUGUAGCUCUGCUUCCAAACAAUAAGCUAAAAUACUGAAGAAUCUGCAAAAUGAAUGGACAAACAUAUGAUUACCUUUAGUUUGUACGUCUUGAUUGAUUUUUACUUUAAGGUAAAGAUCAUUGAAAUGGCUUUAAGCAAACAUCUAUAUGUUUUACCUCAUAUUAGUCUUCAAUCUUUGUUUUUAAUCUUAUUUCAAAUAUUUCAGUUACCCAAUGAUGGCAUUUAUGAAGUCAUCUUUGAAAUGUCAAAGUAUCAGUAAUGACAGGAUAUGAUUAAAUCAACUUAUCAUAGCAUAUUUUGUUAUAUUUGAAAAUUUGAUACAAGCAUUGUACAACCGAAAUCUUAACCCAUUUAUUUUAGAACAGCAAUGGUAACGAUAUCGAUCCUGUAAAUAAAAUCAUAAAAUAUCACAUGUGAACUUGUUGAAAGACAUGUUAAUCUUUGAUGAUCAAGAAUGUUUUUUUGUUUUUGUUUUGCACUGCUUUCUGUUUUUUCACUCAUGUUCAAGCUUUAGUUAGAUAAACUAAUUUGUUAAGCUGUUGAAUCAACAGGUUUCUCAACAUUUUAGGAAAUGUGAGAAUAUAUUUUUGUUCUUUACCAUUUUGAUCAUGUUGUGCCAUGUUAGAGAAAAACAAAGCUAGAGCUAAGUGAUCUUCAGUUUUUGUAACAGAAAACAGAUCUUUGCAACAGAUCUAAAAUGUAUUUUUUGUCUUGAAAUUAAUGCAUGAAUAGACUUAGUGUCAUAUCUUAUCAUUUAAAAUGUGUGUCAUGAGACUUAACGCGACAGAGAACAAAUAAUGUUUUAGCAGUAAAAAUGUAUUGAUUAUAACUGGUAUUAAAUUAAAUGACAAAUUAGAUUAGCAAAAAUAA